UUUAGGGAAUGUCAGAAUGUCUGACAAUCUCUGAUUUCUAAUAAAAUUGGAAUGGUUGAAAAUUCUAAAAAUUUUUGACAUCGUCUUCGUCUUCAUUCAUAAAAUUUCAAAACAUUUGAAACACCUCGAACAAGUAUGAUAUUAAAUAUAGUUAAAAGAACCUCCAGAACUUCGUUGAGUUUGAUUCAAAUUGCCUGUAGAAACUUAAAUUCCAAAAUACCAGCAUUACCUGUUCCAUCUUUGGUUAAUGAAUUUACCUCGACUGUUAAAGUGGAGAGAAAUACAAUAGCACUAUUAGAGCGGCUUUCUUUAGUAAGUUUUGACACUGAUGAAGGACUUAAAAUUUUAGAAGAUUCCAUUGCCUUUGCUGACAAGAUCCUACACAUUGAUACUGACAAUGUCGAACCCCUAUAUUCAGUUCUUGAAGAUCAAACCUUAAUGCUCAGGGAAGAUAAAGUAACACAAGGAAAUUGUCAGAAAGAAAUUCUUAAAAAUGCAACAGUGACAGAAGAUGACUAUUUUGUUGCACCCAUAGGCAAUAUACCUUUACACGAAGUUGAAGUUGAAUCAGAGUCUACAAAACUAAAACAAAAUGAAAAUUGAAAUAGAAAAGCUCCUUCAGAUGAAGCAAUUUUUUACCAUCCUUCAAAUAAAUGAUAAAAAGGCCAAUAUUAUUUUGAAGAAGCCUAGCAAAUUACUUAUGAAUAACAUCCAUGUUAACUGGUUGAAAUACAACUAUGUGAAGUCUGAUAAGCAUCAAAUGCCCGUAUAUUUAAAUAGUCUUAGUUCAAAAUUAGCAUAUGUUCCAUUGGUGUAUGGAGUAGUAAAGCAAGAUAUACACGACUACCAUAAAAAUAUGGAAUUAGAAAUGGACUUAGAUACUGGUAAUUUAACAAAGAAAUCUUUGCUGAAAUUAGAUAUAUUUAUACCUCGGGAAGAAGCUAUCCAAUACCUCAUACAAUGGCAAAGAUAUAGAAAGUACUGGUGGAGCAGUAUAUCAACAACACCCAGUUUAUUCUCUGUUAUUGAUUUAAAGUAUGAAAACAAUACUGCUAAUGUUGAUAUUGUUGCUCAGUUCCCUAAUGGACAUCAGACUGUGGAAACCUUAUCUUGCGAAACUCACCCAAAUCAUAAAUAUGGGCAGCUGUCAUGUUCUCUAUGUCUAGAAAACGCAUUAUUAGUACUCUUACUGGAUGGAUUAAAUAACAACCAAAAGGAUGAAUAUUUAAGGCUGCACAGGAAAAUUGCGCCAUUUAAAAUUUCUCUGGCUUUGAAAUCAGAUAAAGAAGAUAUAAUGGACCAUGAUGUUUUUUUGCUGAAGAUGGUCACUUUUCUACAUCAUAAAUUGCAGAUGGACAAGAUCUCUACAUGGCUACCAAAUCACUCACUUCCAUUAGAUUUGCAGAUCAAAGAAAAUCGUCAAAUGGGUGUGACUUACACAGCAAUUCUGGAAGAAGAGACAUUAAAAUUUGGAUUUUUGAAAUUAAUGAGCAAUAGUACAAAGUUAAUGGAACAAGUGCACCUAAAAGAUUUUUGUAAGUAUGCGUCGUUAACAUUUCGUGACACAUGAUUUUUUAUGUAAUAGUAGUAUUUAGCAAAGAUCAAUAAACUUGUUAAACUCAA